UGAUGACUCUAGUCUGAUCAGAAGACUUAUCUCCCCUUGCGUUGCGCGACCCCACACUGUGUUGCACCAUUCACGAUUCUGACGGGGUGUCAAUGCAGCAGCCUGGCCACACCACCUCGGCCCGACCGACAACGGACCCCCUGAGGGGCACGAGUUCUUAUCGCGUAAUUACUCGGACCCAUUAUUCACCAACAAGCACCACAGGUUUUAAAUUUAGGCCUGAACUUGUUUGUUUGGGUGCCUGGGGACCUUCAGGUAUGUCGCAGUUUGCCCUGGGGGCCAUGAUUCACUCCCGGCCGCCUCCGGUUCAUUUUCUCAACUCGGGACAUUGCGGCUGCAGGAAAGGAGACACGAUGAUGUGUUUCUCCCCACAGAGUGACCGCAUCGGUUGAUAUAGCUAAAACACCAUCGCAUGAACCUGGACCAGGACAAUGAACGGCGCUUCCAGCCUCCACCAUGGGAAUAGACGUCAUUGCAGUAUUCCUGCUCGCCCUUUCGGCACUCAUUCGCGCCCUCUGCAAUUAUAGAUGCUUGCGUGCCAUUCCUGGUCCCCCGCUCGCUGGAUGGUCGGAUCUUUGGCGCAUAUUUGUCCGCAAUCUUCCUCAUUACGGUCAACGCUUAUCAAACCUUCACCAAAGAUAUGGCAGGGUGGUGCGCUUAGGACCAAAUUUUGUCAGUAUUGCCGAUGGCACGCUUGUUUCUCGGAUAGAUCAGGAUCAACUGGGCCAGUCAGUUACAGUCCCACAAUUUGGAAACCACAUGCUCGCGUCGGAUGACCUGAUAACUAGCUCCAACAAUCUUCAAACCUCGCAUCCGGUAUGGGAAUACGCAUAUGGACUACCAGAGUAUGAAGGGGCCAUCGACCUAUCCGCCAAACAGCUUGUCCGAGCCAUUAGAAAAUACCACGUGCUGGACCUUACAGCGUCCCUGCGGAUAUUUGCCACGACUUUCCUUACUGAGCUUACCGCGGAUGGACUGUUGAAAGAGGAACAAUUAAAUGACCAGACGGUAACAAAGAACCGAUUCUUGAGCGCAUUUUCGGUAGUGGAGUAUAUGCUCGUACGAAGCCCAGUAACGGCAUUGAAACGAGAUCGCGGACGUCGUCUGGUGGCCUGUUCUGGAUUGCCCAUGACUACGACUCCUAUGUCUGGUCGAGGAAAUGGUGCUACUCCAGCUCAGCCAAAGACCCGCAAUCCAAGCUCUGUUGAGGGAUCUCGUAAUGCCGCUCGUGGAGCUGACGGUAUUACCAAGGCAUUUGUGUCACUGUUCUACUUCCUUUUGAAACACCAAAGAUAUCUUCCCAGACUCAAAGAUGAGAUAGAUACCGCAUUCUGUGUUGGAUCACUAUCAGAUCUACCAUUGUGGAGGGAACUAAAUAGAUUACCCUACUUGGACGCAGUACUCAAGGAGUCACUGCGUUUAUCAUCAGCAACGAGCUUCGAAGAAGAGAUCCUAACCCCAGCAGACGGUGUUACAAUGGCAGGAUUCUCAAUCCACGCGGGCACUACCAUAGCAUUCAACUCACAAGUCCUCCACUUCGAUAGCGAUGUUUUCGGAGACGAUGUCCACCUAUUCCAACCCGAGCGAUGGCUUACAGCAGACGCCGAGCAGCGACUCCGCAUGGAGCACGGGCUAUUGCUAUUCAACCACUGCGUACGCGGUUGCCCAGGAGCUCAGGUGGUGUGGCUGGAACUGAAAAAAGUCGUUGUUCUGAUCCUGCUGAAAUUCAAUACGCAACUAUUCCAUGUUGCAGAGCCUAUCAGGAAUACCAGUGACACGGAGUGUACUGAUUCCCAGCCUUCGAUGAUCGUGGGCUUCACCCCGAGGCUUCCCGGAUUUUGAGCGAUAUCUUUACUGGGAUUGCGUAGGACGAUCCAUCCAUAGGCCUACCCGUGUCUGUCUGUUGAACUGGGCCACGAUCGCUUCAAUUUCCCACAACCUACGCCGUUGACCUUUUUCGAAUGUCUAAUUUUUUCUCCUUUUAUUUCUUUACUUACGAUACCCGAUUGAACUAAUAAUUAAAUCUACCAUGCCACUUCUUUUU